UGUUGUUGUUGCUACAGUUCCAGGUGCACCUUCACGGAGGAGCCGGGGAGGUCAUCGGGGAGGCAGAGGAAGGUUUGGUAUUAGGCGGGAUGUUCCCAUGAAGUUUGAGAAGGAUUUUGACUUUGAAAGUGCAAAUGCACAGUUUAAUAAAGAUGAAAUAGAUCGUGAAUUUCAUAAUAAGCUAAAACUAAAAGAGGAUAAGCCUGAAAAACCUGUGAAUGGGGAAGAUAAAGGCGAUUCAGGUGUUGACACCCAAAACAGUGAAGGAAAUGCAGAUGAUGAGGACCCACUUGGCCCCAAUUGCUACUAUGACAAAACCAAGUCUUUCUUUGAUAACAUUUCCUGUGAUGACAACAGCAACAUUUCUUUCAGAAACCGAAGACCAAACUGGGCAGAGGAAAGAAGACUGAAUGCAGAGACAUUUGGCCUUCCACUGCGUCCAAACCGUGGUCGGGGGGGAUUCAGAGGCAGAGGGGGAAGUGGAGGAGCUGGUGGCUUCCGGGCAGGUAGAGGACGUGGAAACGCAAGAGGACCUUUCAAUGCUCCUCGGGGUUUUCGUGGUGGAUUUAGAGGUGGCCGUGGUGGCAGGGAGUUCGCGGAUUUUGAAUAUAGGAAAGACAACAAAGUUGCAGCAUAAUCUACAAAGAAUUUGAAAGCAGGUGGACUUGCUGAUCUUCAUGGUACCAAGAACGUGUUGGUUUUCGCAAAGAAUUAUGUUCAUUUGCUGUUAAAACUUCACCAGCACUAGCGUUCAUUUUUAAUUUCAAAGGAGCAGUAACUUUUUUGAAAAUAUGGCCAUCUUCAAAAACAAGAAUAUUAAAUAUAUUUGAGAUAGAAAACUUAAAUAAUUUCUUACAAAUAGUUAAAAGUAUAAAGCAGUACUUCAGUGGAGUUUUAGUAUUUUUUUUCAUUACAGAAAGGGUUUUUCUGAAUUAAAAUUGUAUUUUAUAAUUGCUGCAGGCUAUAAAGACAAUUGUAUGCAGAAGGCCGUCAGUACUGUGAGUGUGUUGAUCCAGUGAAGGUUGCAUUUGAAAUCCUAUAAUCUCUUCAGAUAGUUGUAAUUUUUGUCAAAUAGGAUGCUGGGCAGUAAAAAAAUUGGUUUGUCAGUAAAGAAAGUAUAAACAUGGAAAAUGCUGUUUCUUAGGCAAAGGAAGCUUUUUAUAGUUGUAUAAUUCCAUGAUUAUCCCAUUGCCAAAGAAACACUAGGGAUUUUGUAUAGCUGUAUAAAAAGCAACUAAUUUUUUAAGAAUAAACAUUUUUAAGUCUACAAAACUGCCGUGUUGAAAUGCUACACACGUUUGGAGGGUUUCUUUCUAGCUUUUCAGCUUUAAAUUUGUUUGUUUUUAUAUUUUGACUACCAAUAAAUAUUUGAAAUGUUCUUCCAUUAUUCAGAAGGAUUAAAAUAUUUCUCUUGCAAGAAAUCCAUUUUCUAGUUUUUGGUCUUGCUGUUGGAUUGGACCACACUAAGGGACUAUUUAGAUAAAGAUAAACCUUUAACACUUUAUGCAGUUUGCAGGUCAUGUUAUGAUAGUAAGUGAAAAAAGAGCCAGUUACUGACUUCUUGUUCCCGUUGAUGUGCCUGGAAUAAAAAUGAAAUGUGCCGAUUCUUAAAAUGUUGUUUUGUAUUGUUGGCAUACUCAAUUAAGAAGUUUUGAUGGACUGCAACUUGGAGACAUUGUUCAUUUUUACCCCAGUAUCACUAGAGUGAUUUUGCUUGGAGUAACUGAGGUUAAUUCUGAAUAACUAGUUAUGACUUCUUUUGCUAUUAAGUUAUAAUUAGAUACAGAUCUUUAAUAAUUUGUAUUUUUAUGUAUAUCUGAAAGCCGCAAGAAUAAAGGGAUCCAAAGAUUAAAAUAUUUUAUCUAAUUUGCUGAAUUUUUGUUCAUUUUCCUUCAUGUUCAGUAGUGAUAAAAUGUGGAUAAAUGCACUGUUAGCAAAUGGGAAUAUUCAAGUGAUAGAAUCAUAAUUUUAUAUUUUUUGUAUAGCACUAUAAGGAAGUAUUUUGUAAUUCAUUUCCAUAUGAGGUCAAGUAGAAUUAGAUACGAUUGUUUAGUAAUAUUCUGCAUGUUAAACGCCUUUUUGGAAUCCACAAAUCAUGAUACUGCACAGUUUGGAGGAGGCUUUUUAGACAAGGCAAGUGCUGUAUUGUUGCAAUAACUAUGUAUACUGUAUAAGGUGUCCCAAACUUAUUUAAACCAGAUAAAUUGUAAAUACCAAUGAGACAUUAUGAAGGUAUGAUUUGGGUUCGAUUUACCCAUCAGUUAUUUGAGUUUACUAAUUGGGGUGUACUGUACCCCAAUGAACAGCAGCAUGAUGUCCCUUCAGUGUAUCUUGCUACGGAAAAGUGGGCCUUAUUUUAAGCCAGAAUAAAACCAUUCAAUAA